GUGCAAAUUAAAAUUUGGUCCAGGGGUUCGCUGCUUCUUUUCAGGAUUACCCUAUUGCAGCAUCAGUAGGACUGUAACAUUAUGUUCCUUCUUGGAAAAUGGGUCGCUGUUUUCCGCAUUCUUGAAAAAUGAGGUGUCUUGGUACGGUGCCGUGAAGCCGUUGACGUAAUGGUGGCGGGUUUGCUGCUGCUACUCGUCCUUUCUCCGCGGGGUCACUGUGCUCCGCAGAUUCCGGAGUCAGAGGGGGCGGAGCGUAUGGCGGGGAGUCCAGUUCUUACGCCAGCUAAUCCGUUUGGGUCGAGCGAAGAAAACCGCAAACUACUGCAGAGUUACAUCAAAGACAACUUGAAUAAAGGACAAGCGAGUCCAGACCUAAACACAUGGGAGCAAGAGGUUUUCUUCGUGUUUUCGUUGCACGACUACGACAAAAGCGGGCAGAUGGACGGGCUGGAAGCCAUGCAGCUCCUCACGGAUUUCCUCUCCCAUCAGUCGACCGCGCCGAAGUCAGCAGAAUCCGUGGUCUCUUUGGUGGAUUAUUUGCUUCAGACUCAGGAUCUGAAUCAGGAUGGAAUGCUAGACCCCUCUGAGCUGCUCUCUCCUCCCAUGCAACAGGAGGAGAAGGAGCGAGGGCAGCAGGAGGCGGAGUCCACCCAGCAGGAUGGUGGAGCGGAGGCCUCAGACACCGACCCAGAGGAGCGCCUGGAGUCAGAGGGCAAGACGGAACCGGAGGGGAACCGGGAUCAGCCAGCAGAGGAGCAGGCGGAAGAAGAACAAGCUCAGGCGUCGCAGAAUGAAAUACCGGAAUCAGCUCAAGAACAUCAGAACCUAGAACAGGCUCAGGAACAUCAGAACCCAGAGCAGGGUGAAGACCAUCAGGUCGACGGAGAACAGGUUCAGGUUCCGGUUCACCAAGGGCAACCUGAAAUGUGAUGACGGCCAGAGCACUGAUUUCCGCCAAACAAGCUCAGUCGUCGAACAGGAAUCAACCUCUGAACUUAAAGAAAGAAAUAAAGCCAAACAAAAACAACCUUUUCUUAAUUGCACCACAGCCCCUGACUAGCGUACUGUGGAUUGGAGGAGUAUCUUGCGUGUUGUGUGGAGAGAAAACUGUCCCUGCAUUGAGCUGAAUGAUUGAAUUUCCUGAGAGUCCAUCGUAAUUGUAAUGAUGUCUUGGAGCAAAGCGUUUUUUGGGUUUUUUUAAGCAUGUCUGCACUUUUAGAGCAUGUUUGCAGUGCUGUUGGCCACAGAAACAGAUUUCGACAUCCGUCACUAUGCAGCGGCCAGAGGAGAAUGAGAGUUUGUGUCUAUUUUCUAUGGCAGAAUUCACGACCCACUAAAAAUGACCUAUUUUACCUUACCUUACUGGAAACCAUUUUAAACCCCAAUGAAACCUACAUUUUUAUGCAAAUUUAAGCUGCUGUAACAGUAUUUCACCUCAUGGUUACAUAAAAACACUGAAAAAUUAUUAAAAGAAACGUUCUGUAUAUUUUGAUUUGUAUAAAAUGCUGCAUUGUAUGUAUGUUUUAUGAUUUUUAUAAUUGUUGUAGAAAUUUUAUGUGGAUGCUUAAAUGACUGACAGCGAUCUACUUCAUUUCAUUGUUGCCUUCUGAAACCAGCAUAAUUUUCAUUGAGCAAAUGCAUUAUCCUUAGAGGUGGCCAAAUAUUGUAUAGUAAACACAAGCAAAGAAAGAAACAGAAAAAGUAAAGACAUUUCUGAAUUUAAAUCCCUCACCAAGCCAAUCAGUAAUUAAAAAAGAAAAAAACUAUACAUACAUACAUAUGUAUG